CCUGCGACGGGGCACACCUGGCCAGCGCGCCCCAACCUGCUCGGAGCCAUCUGCCAGGAGGCACGCAGCUCCCCGCCCUCCCCACUGGGGUCUGCCCCGGCUUCCUGCAGACCCUUGGGGAGGGGCCCUCUCCUGGCUCCGGCCGCGUCCCGCCCGACGGCCAAUGAGAGGGCGACAUGCAAAUGAGCAGGUGCAGUGGCGGCCGGCCCCCUCCGGGCUGCCGCCGCUCGGGGGCUGUUAGAGACUCGCUGGGCGGCCGCGGUGCAGACGCGCGGGCUCCGAGCUGCGAGCUCCGGUCUCCGGCCAUGGCCCCCGCUCCGCCCCCCGCCGCCUCCUUCUCGCCCGCCGAGGUCCAGCGGCGCCUGGCGGCCGGCGCGUGCUGGGUCCGCUGCGGGGCCCGCCUCUACGACCUCACCAGCUUCGUGCGGCACCACCCGGGGGGCGAGCAGCUGCUGCGCGCGCGGGCCGGCCAGGAUGUGACCGCCGACCUGGACGGGCCGCCGCACCGGCACUCGGCCAACGCGCGCCUCUGGCUGGAGCAGUACUACGUGGGCGAGCUGUGUGGGGACCCACAGAGUUGUGUGGAGAAUGGGGCUGUAGCUGCUGCAGAAACUCAGAAGACAGACCCUGCGAUGGAACCAAGGUUCGAAGAGGUGGAUUGGGAGAAGGACCUGGUGGACUGGCAGAAGCCCCUCUUGUGGCAGGUGGGCCACCUGGAAGAGAAGUAUGAUGAGUGGGUCCACCAGCCUGUGGCCAGACCCAUUCGCCUCUUCCACUCAGACUUCGUCGAGGCCCUCUCCAAGACUGUCUGGUACAGUGUCCCCCUCAUCUGGAUGCCCCUGCUGCUGUACCUCAGCUGGUCCUACUACCAAACCCUCACCCAGGGCAACGUCCGGCUGUUCGCAUCCUUCACCACAGAGUACUCGGUGGCGGUGCCCGAGUCCGUGUUCCCGGGGCUCUUCGCGCUCGGGAUGUUCCUCUGGAGCCUGACCGAGUACUUCCUCCACCGCUUCCUCUUCCACAUGAAGCCCCCGAGCAACAGCUAUUACCUCAUCACGCUGCACUUCCUCAUGCACGGCCAGCACCACAAGGCGCCCUUCGAUGACUCCCGCCUGGUGGUGCCCCCGGUGCCCGCUUCUAUCAUGGUUGCCUUCUUCUACGUGUUCUUACGCCUCAUCCUGCCAGAGGCCGUGGGGGGCACCGUGUUUGCCGGGGGCCUCCUGGGGUACGUCCUCUACGACAUGACGCAUUACUACCUGCACUUCGGCUCCCCACACAAGGGCUCCUACCUGUGCAACAUGAAGACGCAUCACAUCAAGCAUCACUUCUCCCAUCAGAAGGCAGGGUUUGGCAUCAGCACUAAAUUAUGGGAUCACAUCUUCCACACCCUCAUCCCGGAGGAACCCCACCUGAAGACACAGUGACAACUCCCAGCCCCUCCGUCCUGCUCUCAGCGCAGCCCCAGCACCCGGCUCACCCCCAUCCCCUCCCACCCUUGCUAAGGAGGUUUGCUUGGCCACCCCGGGUCUGCCCUGGCAGUGUCCUGCCCUGGGACGUUGUAGGGGGUGCUGGGGAGACCUCGAGGCAGGACUGCCCUCCCGACCCACCUCAGGAACUGGCUCUUCCCUGGCUUCCCCAUCUCAUCCCUGCCAGAGCCUUGGCCCACAGGCUGCAGGGCCCAGCCAGCUGCCGUCCCAAGGGGAGUGAAGGAAACUGACCCCUGUAGCCAGGCCUGGGUCCCACCCGGGUCUCAAGCACCUUGGACUCCCCAGACGCCACCCCAGGUGCUCCCAGUAGGGAGCAGGGUGUGCAGGGCCGGUGGACCCCAUCUUCCCCUCCCACCCAGUAGCCCUUCUGGGGAGGCCUCUGCUGCCCCAGCUGUCUCCAGAGGAUAGGAGGGGACUGAGGUAGAUGAAGGGCUCUUACAUGAAGAGUCAGCACCAAGCUGCUUACUACCCCUGCUGCCCACCACAAAUGCCAGCAGGACAGCCAGAUGCUUCGGCUGUAGCUCCCCCAGCACCUGCCUGUGCAGACAGGCCAGGGGUGCUGGGCGACAGCCUCAAGGCUAGCAGGGGCCCUGGGUCCCUUUCUGUAGGAGUCACCAGCUGCUCCAGCCUUUUUCUCUUUCGGGGACUGAAACCCCCCCACAAGGGGGCUGAAGGGGCUCCACAGGUGGGCAUUCCACCCCCUCCCUGGCCAUCCUCGAUCCUCAGCCUCCAACUAGCACGGAGAGCCCCUGCCCCCUCACUCAGGCCUUCCUGCCAGGAAGGAGCUGAAUGUGGUGCCUUAUUGCCUCCCCGCCCCCUUUGCUUUCCCUGCUCCCCUCCUCCUGCAGACCCAGCAGGUGAGAUUCCUGCCCCUUCAUCCCCAUAACUAAAACCUGCACUGCUCCUAGGAGGAUCUGAUUCAUAAACGAUAUAAAUACCCUCAGUCUGGCCCAGACCUAGAAGCUGGUCAGACUGCCCUUUCUAACCCUAUAUGUUGCUCUUAUGUUUUUUUAAAAAAAAAAA